AUGGGACCUCCAGCUCGAGAAACGGAGCCAGCAGACGACACUUUAUUUGAUGUUGACUUUCUGGAUAUAACGCCUGCAAGUGGAUCCCGUAGGCAACAUGAUAGUCAGCAAAGUGUACUUAGUGACCAAAAUUCACUAAAUGGGGCUCACCAUGGCUCCAUAGACGUGGCUAGAAAUGAGAGUAUCGAAAAUGAUCUCGAAGGUGAGUACGACCCCUUUGAAGAUGAAGGCAAUUGGGACCACAACAGGUUGAAUACCAAUAAAAACAGAUCAGAUUUACGAGAUUCCAAGGUGAAAGGUGCUGGAGUGUUUUCCAGAAUGGCAGACACAGUUAAAAAUACUUUCAGAUCUAAUACCGGCAGUAGCAAUGGAUACCGUGAUAUUGAAAUGACAGAUUUUAAUGCUUCAAGUGGCGGUGAUAAUUAUGAGUCCUCGAGGAACAGGUUCAAUAUAAAAAUUCUUUUCAAUCGUUAUAUAUUGAGAAGGCCUACUCAAGCGGAAAUUGAUGGAACUCACAGAAUAAUUCAUAUGAAUGACAGGGGGGCUAAUGCAUCAACGGGAUACGGUGAUAAUCACAUUUCCACAACAAAGUAUAACGCUGCUACUUUUCUGCCCAAAUUCUUAUUUCAAGAAUUCUCCAAGUAUGCAAACCUUUUCUUCCUCUUUACGUCCUGCAUACAACAGGUGCCACACGUCUCUCCUACAAAUAGGUAUACUACGGCAGGUACGCUGUUAAUCGUUUUGAUAGUCUCAGCCAUUAAGGAGUGUGUCGAAGAUAUAAAGCGUAUUACCUCCGAUAAUGAACUUAAUAAUGCCAAAACUGAGAUUUAUUCUGUUGAUGAAGGUGAUUUCGUGCAAAAAAGAUGGAUUGAUAUUCGCGUUGGCGAUGUUAUCAGAGUCCAAUCUGAAGAGGCUAUUCCUGCGGAUAUAAUACUGCUAUCUUCAUCCGAACCAGAAGGUUUAUGUUACAUUGAGACUGCGAACCUAGACGGUGAGACAAACUUAAAAAUUAAGCAAGCAAAGCCAGAGACCUCGAGAUUUAUAGACUCAAGAAACUUACGAAAUGUACAGGGUACGAUAAACUCGGAACAACCCAAUUCCAGUUUGUACACCUACGAGGGUACAAUGAAAUUGAACGGAAAGGAUAUUUCUCUCUCGCCCGGACAGAUGAUUUUGAGAGGUGCAACCUUGAGGAAUACCUCAUGGAUUUUUGGUAUUGUCAUCUUUACAGGCCACGAAACAAAGCUUAUGCGUAAUGCUACAGCUACGCCCAUCAAAAGAACUGCCGUUGAGAGAAUCAUUAACUUACAAAUUGCAGCACUAUUUGGUGUCUUGAUAAUACUGUCCUUAAUUUCUUCUAUCGGUAAUGUGAUUAUGAGUACCGCUGGCGCUGGAAGGCUACCUUACCUUUAUUUGGGCGGCACCAAUAAAGUUGGUUUAUUCUUCAAAGAUUUGUUGACUUUCUGGAUCUUAUUUUCUAACCUCGUGCCCAUUUCGCUGUUCGUCACUGUUGAACUGAUUAAAUAUUAUCAAGCCUUCAUGAUCGGUUCCGAUUUGGACUUGUACUAUGAGGAAACGGAUACACCAACGGUCGUCCGGACAUCUUCUUUGGUAGAGGAGUUGGGUCAAAUUGAGUAUGUUUUUAGCGAUAAGACGGGGACUCUGACCAGAAACAUUAUGGAAUUCAAGUCCUGUUCCAUAGCGGGACGAUGCUACCUGGAAAAAAUCCCAGAAGAUAAAGGUGCUACAAUGGAAGAUGGAGUUGAGGUUGGUUACAGGAAAUUUGACGAACUCAGAACCAAACUGAACGACCCAACGGAUGACGAGUCCACCAUAAUCGAAGACUUCUUGACCUUGCUGGCCACUUGUCAUACCGUCAUUCCAGAAUUCCAGAAAGACGGGCAAAUCAAAUAUCAGGCUGCUUCGCCAGAUGAAGGUGCACUAGUACAAGGUGGAGCCGAGCUUGGUUAUAAGUUUAUCAUUCGUAAACCAAGUUCGGUGACAAUACUCGUUGAGGAGACGGGUGAAGAACAGGUCUAUCAACUUCUCAACAUCUGCGAGUUUAACUCCACAAGAAAGAGAAUGAGUGCAAUUCUGAGAUGUCCCGAUGGUUCUAUCAAACUCUUCUGUAAAGGUGCAGACACUGUGAUUAUGGAAAGGUUGGAAAAGGGUUAUAAUCCAUUUGUGGAGGCAACAACGAAGCAUUUAGAAGAAUAUGCAUCAGAUGGUCUUAGAACUUUGUGUUUAGCCAUGAGGGUCGUCUCAGAGGAAGAGUAUCAAGAGUGGAAGAAAAUUUAUAAUGCCGCAGCCACAACUUUGACCGAUAGAGCAGAGAGAUUAGAUGAAGCUGCUGAAUUGAUAGAGAAGGACUUGUUUUUGCUCGGUGCUACUGCUAUCGAAGACAAAUUACAAGAAGGUGUCCCGGAAACCAUUCGUACAUUACAGGAGGCAGGCAUUAGAAUCUGGGUUUUGACUGGAGAUAGACAAGAAACUGCCAUCAACAUCGGGAUGAGCUGUAAAUUGUUGAGUGAAGAAAUGAAUCUCCUUAUCAUCAAUGAAGAAGAUAAGGAAGGAACAAAGGCCAAUAUGCUGGAGAAAUUAAGGGCUUUUGAUGAGCAUCAAAUUUCACAGCAGGACAUGAAUACAUUGGCUUUAGUUAUAGAUGGUAAAUCGCUAGGCUAUGCUCUAGACCCUGAUAUGGAGGACUAUCUGUUGAAGAUAGGUAAGCUCUGCAAGGCCGUUAUAUGUUGUCGUGUAUCACCUCUACAGAAAGCUCUCGUUGUGAAAAUGGUCAAGAGGAAAACCUCCUCACUACUACUGGCUGUAGGAGAUGGUGCCAAUGACGUGAGUAUGAUUCAAGCCGCUCAUGUUGGCGUAGGAAUUAGUGGUAUGGAAGGUAUGCAGGCCGCACGUUCAGCUGAUGUGGCGAUUGGUCAGUUCAAAUUUCUGAAGAAGCUUCUAUUGGUUCAUGGGUCCUGGUCUUACCAAAGAAUAUCAGUUGCUAUCUUAUAUUCAUUUUACAAGAACAUUGCACUUUAUAUGACCCAGUUCUGGUAUGUGUUUGCUAAUGCUUUCUCGGGUCAGUCGAUUAUGGAAUCAUGGACAUUGACCUUCUAUAAUGUUUUCUUCACGGUUCUUCCACCAUUCGUUAUGGGAGUUUUUGAUCAAUUUGUUAGCAGCAGACUGUUGGAACGCUAUCCUCAACUGUACAAGCUGGGACAGAAGGGUCAGUUUUUCUCUGUAAUGAUUUUCUGGGGGUGGAUUAUUAAUGGGUUUUAUCAUUCUGCUGUUACUUUCAUCGGUUCCAUUCUUAUAUACCGGUUUGGUUUUGCGCUCAAUAAGCAUGGAGAAGUGGCAGACCAUUGGUCGUGGGGUGUCGCUAUUUAUACCACUAGUAUUUUGAUCGUUUUGGGUAAAGCAGCUUUGGUAACCAACCAAUGGACCAAGUUCACCCUCUUUGCUAUACCGGGUUCCUUUGUAUUUUGGAUUGUCUUCUUUCCAAUCUACGCUUCCAUCUUUCCUCAUGCAAAUAUAUCCCGAGAAUAUCUUGGGGUUGUUACACACACCUAUGGAUCUGGUACUUUUUGGCUAAUGCUACUUGUCCUACCAAUCUUCGCAUUGAUGAGAGAUUUUGUGUGGAAAUACUAUAAAAGAAUGUACGUCCCAGAGCCAUAUCAUGUUGUGCAAGAGAUGCAAAAGUUUAAUAUUACGGACAGUAGGCCACACGUUCAACAGUUCCAAAAGGCCAUAAGAAAGGUGAGACAGGUACAGCGGAUGAAGAAACAGCGCGGGUUCGCCUUUUCCCAAAGUGAAGAAGGUGGACAAGAGAAGAUUAUCAGGAUGUAUGAUACAACGCAGAAAAGAGGUAUCUAUGGGGAGUUGCAGGAUGCUUCUGCGGACCCAUUCAGCGACGAAAACUACGUCAACAUACCUUCGGACCCGUUCUCUGACGAGAACCAAACCCACUCAGGAUUUCCUGAGGAAAACAGCUCCUUCAUUUUAUAA